AUGACCUUCACUAAAGCAUUCGACGUCGAAGAGGUACUAGAACAGCUCACUUUGAGGGAGAAAAUUGCCCUUGUUUCCGGAUUGGAUACCUGGCAUUCAGUUCCAAUUCCAAGACUCGGGGUUCCUUCCAUCCGAGUUUCGGACGGUCCUAACGGUGUUCGUGGAACCAAGUUUUUCAAUGGUGUUCCUACUGCAUGUAUCCCAUCCGGUACUGGUCUCGGAGCUACCUGGGAUCAAGAACUUUUGAAUUAUAGUGGAAGGAUGAUGGCAGAUCAAGCGAGAGCAAAGGGUGCUCACGUACUGAUGGGACCCACUAUCAACAUGGCUAGAUCUCCUCUUGCUGGCAGGUCUUUUGAGUGUUUGUCAGAGGACCCAUUUUUGACAGGACUUCUUUCCGCCAAUUACGUCCGCGGCGUUCAGGAUGGAAAGAUUGGAACUUGUCCCAAGCACAUGGUUUGCAACGAUAAGGAAGAUGACAGAAUGACUUUGAACGUGGUAGUUUCGGAGCGUGCCAUGAGAGAGAUUUACCUGACUCCGUUCAUGCUCACUGAAAAGUAUGCCAAACCAUGGGGUUACAUGACCUCUUAUUCCAAGCUUAAUGGGAAACACUGUAGUGAGAAUUCCCACUUGCUUCAGGACAUUGUAAGAGGGGAGUGGGGGUUCGAUGGUUUUUUUGUUUCCGACUGGUUCGGAGUCGUUUCCUGUGCAGACUCACUUAAUGCCGGUCUUGAUUGGGAGAUGCCAGGUCCUUCUAUCUGGCGAGGCAAACUUCUAGAAUUUUCAGUUUUCCAUAAAACUGUCCAUGAGGAAACUCUGAAUGACGCUGCUAGAAACAUGUUGAACCUGGUUAACAAGUGUAUUGGUACUGGGGUUCCAGAAAAUGCAUUCGAAGGAGAGCAUGAUACCCCAGAUGUGCGCGAAUGGAUGGAAAAAUUGGCAUCAGACCAGGUUGUUCUUUUAAAGAACAAGAAUAAGAUUCUUCCUUUCAGAAAAGAUAAAAAGGUCCUCGUUAUUGGCGAGGGUGGAAAGGUGCCCACCUAUUGCAGUGGAGGAUGCACCAUGGUGGAGCCUUACUACACUGUUUCCCCUUACGAUGCAAUUGAAACCAAAAUUGGUGCUGGUAAUGUGAAAUAUACUCUAGGAGCUCCAUUAUCCAAGGCUUACCCUUCAGUUGCCUUUUUUUCCCCAAAAUUUCCGGACGUCAAGGACCCAAUCACCUUCUCUGUGUAUGAUGACGCUCGUACCAUCCCUGACAGAGUUGCAAUAAAAACAGAAGCCGUUUCAACUGUGGAUGCAAUUCUCGGGGAUUUUGAUCCAGCACUACUCAGAGACAAGGAAAUGCUUUAUGCCAAAUUUUUGUCAGAAAUAGUGGUGCCCGAAUCCGGAUACUACUCCUUCUCGUUGCAAGUGUCCGGCCAGGCCAAGAUCUUCAUAGAUGAUGAACCUGUCCUGAUCAAUGAUUUGGAGCACAAGACUAGUAGUGCUUUUGGCCUUGAUGCUCCAGAGGUUUUUAAAGAUGUUUAUUUUGAGAGUGGAAAGACAUACACAUUCGAGCUUGAUUUUGAGAGCACACCAGGCAAGUCUUCGUUCAUCACGGGUUAUGGAAGUGUUACCUGUGGCAUGACCAAGACCCACGACGCCGAAAAAUGCAUAGCCGAGGCUGCUGCCUUGGCCAAGGAUUUUGACCAGGUAGUGCUACUCACUGGUUUGAACAAAGACUACGAGGUUGAAGGUAUUGAUAGAAAGCACAUGGGUCUUCCACCCUUCCAGGAUAAACUUGUGGAGGAGGUCCUCAAGGCCAACGCCAAUACCGUGGUUGUGAUUGAAUCAGGAACUCCAGUAACAAUGCCAUGGGUUGACUCUGUGGAUACACUGCUGCACUCUGCUUAUGCUGGCAGCGAAACAGGAACAGGAAUUGCUAACGUGCUGUUUGGUGAUGUUAACCCGAAUGCAAAGCUUCCUAUGACAUAUCCCAAGAAGAUGGAAGACUCUGGGUCUCAUCCUUUCUUUGAGGUCAGCAACGGAAAUCUCGUUUAUGGAGAUGAUAUCUUUGUUGGUUAUAGAUACUUUGAGAAGAAAAAGAUUGAACCUCUGUUCCCCUUUGGUUAUGGUCUUUCUUACACAACCUUUGAGUUGAGUGGCCUUGAGUUGCGUGAUUCUGCAGAUGGAAAUGACUUAGUGGUUAGUAUAAAAGUGUCUAACACAGGAUCCAUUGCUGGUGCCGAAGUUGUUCAGCUCUACGUUUCUUUCAAAUCUUCUUUGGUCGACAGAGCCGAGAAGGAGCUGAAAGGUUUCGCCAAGGUAUUCCUGGAACCAGGCCAGACAAAGGAAGCCACAAUAAUUGUCGAGAAGAAGCUUGCCACUUCCUUCUUCAACGAGAGACUCAACAAGUGGACUUCUGAACAAGGCACAUACACUGCGUGGGUGGGAACUUCCAGUGUGGACCCCAAUGCUCUGCUUGGGAGAUUCACCACGCUGAAGACAGUGCACUGGUCAGGACUCUGA